CCGGAAGUUGUUUUCUGACUACUUUUCUCUCUAGCUUCACGGGUGCUGUUGGACUGAUUAAGAGGCAAUGGCUGAGGGACACUCUGUCGAGGAUUAUCCAACUGAAAUUGAGGAGUCCCUCACCGGGUUUGAGUCUUCUGUGGGCUCAGUUCAAAAUGUGAUCCAAACCCUCAUGUCUGUGUCUAAGGGCGACCAUUUAAAGCUUGAACCACUUGAGCAAGCCAAACUGGACCUAAUGUCAGCAUACACUCUUAACUCUCUGUUUUGGAUGUACCUGGUGACGCAAGGAGUGAAUCCAAAAGAACAUGGAAUCAAACAAGAACUGGAGAGAAACCGAACUUACAUGAACAGGAUAAAAGAGAUCACAGAUAAGAAAAAGGCAGCUCGCCUGGACAAAGACGCAGCAUCUCGGUUUGUCAGGAACGCAUUGUGGGACGAAGACAAAGCCAAAGCAAAAGCCAAGGGUGACGCAGAGCGGCCCAGCAAGGCUAAGCAGAGGAAACUGAGUUGAGGAGUGCAGUGCUGAAAGACUAUACUGUACACAUGCACACAAUGUGUGAAUUUAUUACUGAUGAGGUUUCUCUCAUCACCAUUUGCUCUCUAGCCUCACAGCUGAAUCUGGUUGUUCAGGCUGUAGUUUUGUUGAUUGACGUGUUUAUGAUACAGUGUCACUGGGAAACAGAUGUUUUAAAAUGCCACCAGCCGAGGCGGUUAUGUUUAUAUAAUACAUAUUAUGAACAUUAAUCAUUUUGGAUGGAAUACAAGUGACAAUUGAUUGGUUGUAACUAGUGCAGAUUUUUUCUUGUUAAUAUUUUAAGUUUGAAGUUUUGAUCUGUAGCAAUCUUAAACAGAUAGCAGGCUGUGAUUUUUCUGACUUGUUUAUACUAUGUCAAUACAACAGCAAAAAUA